AUGUGGAAAGAACUUCAGCCAGAGUGGAAACGAACUCACACUGGGGAGAAACCCUAUGAAUGCCUGGAGUGUGGAAAGAGUUUCACUUUGAGACAUAAUCUGCAGCAACAUGAAAGGAUUCACACUGGUGAUAAAUCCUAUAAAUGCCUGGAAUGUGGAAAGAGAUUCAGCCAGAGUGGAAGUCUGCAUUCACAUCAAAGAACUCACACUGGGGAGAAACCCUAUAAAUGCCCGGAGUGUGGACUGAGCUUCACUCAGAAUUUACACCUACGUAGACACCAACGAACUCACACUGGGGAGAAACACUAUAAAUGCCAGGAGUGUGGACUGAGCUUCACUCAGAAUUUACACCUACGUAGACACCAGCGAACUCACACUGGGGAGAAACCCUAUAAAUGCCUGGAGUGUGGAAAGAGUUUCACUUUGAGACAUUAUCUGCAGCAACAUGGAAGGAUUCACACUGGGGAGAAACUUUAUAAAUGCCUGGAAUGUGGAAAGAGCUUUAAACACAGUCAAAGUCUGCAUUCACAUCAAAGGACUCACACUGGGGAGCAACCCUAUAAAUGCCUGGAUUGUGGAAGGUGCUUCGCUUCGCAUGGGAGUCUACGGUCUCACCACAGAACUCACAUUGGAGAGAAACCCUAUAAAUGUCUGGAAUGUGGAAAGAACUUCACCCAAAGUGGACGUCUACAUUCACAUCAAAGGACUCACACUGGAGAGAAACCCUAUGAAUGCCUGGGGUGUGGAAAGAGUUUCUCUUUGAGACAUAAUCUGCAACAACAUGAAAGGAUCCACACUGGGGAGAAACCCUAUAAAUGCCUGCAGUGUGGAAAAAGCUUUACUGGCAGUGGAAACCUACGUAAACACCAACAAACUCAUACUGGGGAGAAACCCUAUGAAUGCCUGGAGUGUGGAAACAGCUUCACUCAGCGUAUACACCUACAUAACCACCAACGAACUCACACUGGGGAGAAACCCUAUGAAUGCCUGGCGUGUGGAAAGAGUUUCACACGGAGGGAUCAUCUGCAGCAACAUGAAAGGAUUCACACUGGUGAGAAACCCUAUGAAUGCCUGGAGUAUGGAAAGAACUUCACUGAUAGUGGAAGUCUACAUGAACACCAACAAAUUCACACUGGGGAGAAACCCACUGGGAUUGUGGCGCACCUGGUUGAGUGUCAACUGCAUUAAGAUCACUCUGACCAAAAGGUCAUGAGUUCGAAGCCAGCCCGGGUUGGAGUGGGUUUCCAACCAAUUGUGUAGCCUGUUGUCGACCUUUGCAACCCGAAAGACAGUUGCAUCUGUCAAGUAGGAAAAUUAGGUACCACCUUAAAGUGUGGGGAGGCUAAAUUAACUAAUUUAUGAGGCCAUAAAGAAGACUCCAGCAAAGCAUUCCAGCAAAAAAGAAUGCGGGGAAUGCAGAAGUGCUUCAUCAGUGUCGCAGAUGGACAAUGAAAGCGACAGCUCCCCUGGCGGCCAGAAAAAGUUAAAUAGCCUAUGUGUAUGUCUGUAUAUGUUGUAUGUCAAAAUUGGCAUUGAGUAUUUGCCAUAUAUGUGUACACUGUAAUCCGCCCUGAGUCCCCUGCGGGGUGAGAAGGGCAGAAUAUAAAAGCUG